AUGACCUUAACUGCUCAUGCGAAAGGAGGGUUUCCCCUGGGGAAGGGAAGCGCAACUGCAGGCUCAGCUUGUGCAGGGGCUCAGUGCAGCACCUUGUUGCGUAUUUCAGAAAAGCGCGUGCAAGACGGCGGCUCCCGAGUCAGGCAUAGAGGCGCAGAGAUCCAUGUGUCAUCAUCUUCCGGGAUGCGGAGGGGGCGACGCCAUGCGCCUUUCUCUGCGCAACUGGGAAUGGGGUUUGCGUCAGUGUGUCUUUUAUUCUUACUCGCAACAGCGCUGUGCGCCACGUGCGACUUCGCUUUCGAGGAUACGGAGAUCCCCCAAAUCGCCACAGCGACCCUACCGCUGCCCAGGCCGUCUGCCGCCACGGCCUGCGCACUGCAGCACCUGAAGCAGCAGCAGCAGCUCCUUCUCGCUCUUGAGCAGCUGCAUGCCUCCGCUAGCAGCCGACUCCUGCAGGAUUCUGCCCUGACCGCUCUCCAUGAGGCCAUCAAAUCGGCUGUCGUGGGCGAAAAGGUGGUGCGGCUUCUCAAGUUUGACCGCAUUGCGAAGGUCACUGUGCAGCUGAAGCUAAGAAACACAGGGAAGUCUCCAGUUUCUGCUUUUUACUUCGUUCUGCCAUAUUCAGAAGCCACUCAGCUAGGGUGGGCAGGAGCCGCUACUUUGGAGGGCGUCCACCUCCCCGUGGAAUCCGUUUCGAAGGAGCGGCCAAGCAUCAAGUCCUUCCUGCCGGCAGACUGGACGUCGAGGGCUCUCUUGAUUGAGGAUGUGGAACGCCACCUGGUGGCUGCUAGCGAGGGUCGUGCCGCCUUUAGCUCCCCCUGCUCUUCCCAGGUGUUCAGAGUUAAACUGGCAGAGCCCUUGGGAGCUUCCCAGGCUGUACAGGUGGCCAUCUCAUACCACCUUGGACGGCCCUACCAGCCGCUGCCUCAGGCGGUCGACCUCGAGUUCAUUCAGUCGGUCCUCUUCGCCACCUCCUCCAACUGGCCGCUUCCAUAUCCAGCGCUGCGCAGCUCUGUCGCCUUCCGGCUGCCCCCUCAGACGACUCUGGGAGAGGCAGGGGAAAUGCGCAUGCAAAAAAAGGGAUUUCGGAAGCUCGAAGACGGAGUGUGGGCCUGGGAAUCCCAGGAGACUAUCCCGCCGUUGGCGGUGGUGCAGCCGUUUGCUCUUUUGUUUCCCCUGCCGCUCCAUCUGGGCUACGUGGUCUCCAUGCAGCGGUUAGUCGUGGUUUCCGUGCAAGGUGCGAUGGCAAAUGAAGAGCUCUUUAAGAUCCACAACGAUGCGGCUUACCAGAAGGGCGCUUUCAAUCCCAUCAGCAUCGCAUUGCUUCAGGGGCUAGCCCCUGGCACACCCCGUCUAGCGCUAGCGCUUGAGGAUGUGCCCCGAGGGAAGCGUGUCCCGAGCCACGUGCUGUUCGAUCUGCAUGCACAUCUACCAGCGGAUGUGUAUAACCUGGACGUUGCUGACAUCGCUGGCAACUUGACAAGCACCUUUGCAAGCCGUACGGUAGGCCCGAAAAAUACUCCGCUUUCGACGCAUCUCGAGGUCUGGCCGCGGUACCCCGUGCUCGGCGGGUGGAAUUUCGAUUUUGUGGUAAAGUACAACGUGCCUGCGAGCUCUAUGCAACAGAAUAGUCCGGGGAGCCAGACAUUCUCGGUGCGCAUCCCCCUCGAACCACCUUUUCCAGACGUCUACACCGAGGAUCUCUCCCUCACGGUGGCUCUUCCUACAGGUGCUACAAACGUCCGAUACUCUUCCUCCAUUCAGUUCGAGGCCGUCGAAGAAACACAGAUAAAAUGGUGGUUCGACGUGCUUACUACCCGCCCCGCGCUGACGGUGCGGUGGCACGCUCUCUCGGCCGCUCCCUCAGAGGGGGAGAAGCCCUUCCUCGUGGUGACCUAUGACUAUUUCUAUCCGGCGAGCUUGGAGAAUCUAAAGGAGCUCUUCGUGCUGGUGCUUGUUGCUGCUAUCGCCAUUGCGGCGUUCCUUCUCUACUCAUGCAAAUUCAGGUUCGGCACGUCAGAGGAGGAUAUGGCGGCUGCAGGCCAACAACGCGCCUGUGAGCAUCUUGUCACGGAUCUGGGACGUAUAGCUGAGCAGGCUCUCCGCGCCGGCCGUAAGCAUCUGCGCGCCACCCAGAGGGACCCCAGUGGAGCAGAAGAGUGGAGAAAAGCACACUACAGCCGCGAAGCAGCCGCUUCUGCUAUAUUAGAGACUGCUGCUCUGGCGGAGAGCUUCAAGGCCGGUUUCAAGAGCGCACUCUCGCGGCACCACAAGGCCGUACAGGCCCUUGUUACCGCCCAACCCGAGGGGGCAUGCUUUGAGCGGCGCAUGCAAUACGUUGGCAUAAAAAUUCACAGCGGAGCUCAGGCCCCUAGGUGUGCAGUUGGUAGUGGUGUGAGUUAUGGUGGGAAACUUGGGGCUUAUUGA